GGGAUGGUCGGAAAGAUGAGUUUUUGGAGAGGGGGGACUUCAGCUUCGGGAACAGGGGUGUAAUGAGAGAUAGGGAAGGUGUGCCCGAAGCUGGCGACGAAGAGAAGAUGCAAGAGGAAGAUGUGAAAGCAAGUGCGACGGCGACGGCGGCGGCGGCGAUGCCGCCGACGAGUGUCAUGACAAGGCUGAUACUAAUAAUGGUGUGGAGAAAGCUUAUUCGCAACCCGAACACCUAUUCCAGUCUGAUUGGUCUGAUCUGGUCAUUGAUCUCCUGCAGAUGGAAUAUUGAGAUGCCUGCCAUU